GAGAGAGUGCGGUAACGCCCGACGCCGAACGGAGAGGACGCGGUGACGUCCAAAGAUCCUGUAGCUCUGCUAUAGGAUCUUUGGUGACGCCUCACGAGAGGUCGCGGGAACGGGCCGCGCUGGGCGGGGGCUGCAGGAGGGCCGGGAGCCGGGACGCCGAUUGGUUCCCAUCGCUGAAAUGGCUAUGCAGGGAGCAGAGGAGGAUUUUGAAACCUGCUUCACAAAAGCUCAGUCCUGGAUGAAAAUAAUCCAGGAACGUUUGCAAGUCACUGACAAUGUUGAAGGAUCAAAGAAAGCUCUGGAAGCCAGGCUGAAGGAGACUGAGGAAAUCUUGGCUGAGGAACCUGAAGGAAGAAUGUGGAUACAGUUGGUACAGGUGAAGGCAGAUUCGCUUCUGGAGGACAACAGUGAUGACAAGAAGCAUGAGAUCCACAGGGCAUUGAAACAGAUUAAAACAGCGUGGGAAGAUACACAGACAAACAUGGUGCAUUGUCACAGUCGAAUUGAAUGGGUGUUGUUGCACUGGACGGAGUACUUGAAGGCGAGGGAGGACUAUUUCGCAUGGCUGGUAAAAAUGAAACAGAAGCUGGAGUCUGAUCUUGAAUCACAACUGACCUUAAAGGACAAGAAACUUCAGUUAAACCAUCACAAAAUUCUGCUGGGCAACAUCUUUAACCAGACAGCUUUGCUCGAGCGCCUUCUCCAGGAAUCGGGGUCCUUGUUCACCAAAACUGCAGAUGAGACCCUCAAUAAGGAAGCUCAACAGAAAUUAAAACGGGAUCACGAGGAACUUGAGAUGAAAGCCAAGCAAAAGGUGACGGAUUUGGAAGGAAUUGUGCAGCAGCAUCAGGUUUAUCUGGACAACUGGGAGAGAUUCCAAAACUGGCUGCAGUUAAUGACAGAAAAGUACGACCGUUGCAUGACACGCAAGAGCAGCAAGCAUCACCUGGAUGGAUCACUCCGGGAACUGCGGGAGUUGUGCGACACUCUCAGCAGCAAGGAAGGAGAGCUGGACAAUCUGCAGACCCAAGCUGAAGCUGUGAUACGGAACACAUCCCCAAAAGGAGCGGAGAAUGUCGUCAGAGACCUGGAGAAACUGAGGACGGACUGGGAGAAGCUGAAACUGAAGUGUCGACAGGCGGAAGGCCCAUUGCAGCUGGCGCGGCAGUCCUUGCUGGAGUACCAGUCCAGGGCUGAGCAACUGGAGAGAGAAGCGGCCGAGUUAUUAGACCGAUUACGGACCCUGGAUAUACAACCUCCUGAUGAGAACGAGCCUGAGAUUGUGUGGCGACAGUGUCUGGUCACCAGAUCUUCCGUUUUAACAGAGGAAUCAAGCGUGGAAAAUCUUCAACUGGAACUGAAAGAACUUGGCAGAUUCACACAGAAUGAAGAUCUCUCUGCUAAGGUCCUGAACGCCACUCGGGAAUAUAACAGAGUGAAAGGCAAGAUAAUGAAGAGAUGCAGUCAAUUAGGACAGAAUCUUCGCCAUGGCUUUCAGGGGCUGCUGAAAGAGUUUGAGCAAUGGAGGAACAGCAGCAGGAAUCUGCUGGACUCUUCCUUGGACACCAGCGAUGAAACUCUGACCAAAUCCCACAUACAGCACAUUCAGGCGCACCUCACGUGCAGCAGUGAGCUCCAGGUGCAGCUCGGCAGGUUUCAGGGCCUUGAGGGGAUGAUGAGCAGCAUCUUCAGCAGUGAGCAGACGGCAGCGUUCAGCACUGAGCUGAGGGAGGCUGUGUGGCAACGAGAGUUCCUCACUGACCUCCUGAUGAAGAGGAGGCGACAAAUACAGAUGAAUAACCAAGACCUUGCUGAUCACAAGCUGUUGAUGAAGAAGUUUGAAGAUUGGCUAAAAACUGAAGAUCAGAAACUAACAAACAUUUUAGCUGUCCCAAAUACCUGGAGCAGCAAGGAGAGGAAGAGCAGGAAGCAAGGUCUGAAGGUGCUGAACAGUCAUGUCCCUCAUGGUCAGAAGAGUUUUGAAGAGCUGAAAAGUGCAGAGUACGCCGCUGUGAAUGGAGAAGUGAAAGAGCUGGAAGAUUUGCGAUAUCGCUGGAGCUUGUACAAGGCGAAGCUGUGUGAGGCGGGAGAAUACCUGAUUCAAAGCCAAAAUGAAGUUGAUGAAUUUAGAAAGGUGCCAGGAGGGAUAUGCAGCUAUCUAUCUCGGGCCUGCUGUGCAGCGCUCCCUCUUCAGUUGCUCCUACUCCUGCUACUGCUACUCGCCUUCCUACUGCCGCUCAUCGAGGAACAUGACAGCUGUAGUGUGGUCAACAAUUUUGCACGUUCUUUCUACCUGACGCUCCGCUAUCAGGGUCCUCCACCAACAUAGCAGGCAUGUUCUUCCUUUGUACACGGUAGCCAGCACAGGCUCUUCCUCGCAACCGUGUGUUCAGAGUAGCCAACCUGUCUUAGGCCAGUGGCCAUUUCACCAGAGAGGUUGCUAAACGCACUUCAUUCUCGUGUCAUUGUGACAACAGUAUUAUCUCUUAAACCCAAUUGUUACCAUAGUGAGAUCAGAUUCAUUAGUUCAGUUCAUUUAUAGUAUUUAGCUAGUUUCUCACACGAUAACUGGACCAUUUUAUAAAGAUAUUUUAACAUUUAUAAACCAUAAAUAAUUUAUUAGAAGGAAUUAUUAACCAUUUUUAAUGAUCAUGCCAAUAUUUGUGAUUCAGGCCCAUGUCUUGGUUUGAAACGGUGAAAUUUGUAGAAUCCAGGUAUUUUUUCUGACGGGUCAUUUUGUGAGAUUAUGUUAUUAAUGGACAUAAACUCCUCAAUGUCUGUGAAAAGUUUCCCAAGCGAAGGAUUCCUCAACCAGCCAGCAGUUGUGAUAAGUAGAAGUUACUCAGUUGAAGGGGAGUAUAAUUAUAUACCUCAUUCUCAAUUGCAUCAUUAAUGUUUAAAAACCUUAAUGUUAUCAUUUGUAUGGAUUUUAACACAACAUGAUUUGGAACAGAGAGUUGGCCAUGUUGCAGAAUCACGCUGGAAGGAAGCAAGUGGUCAUCUCCACUCCCCUGCUAUUCCAUGUUGUUACAUAUCCUCUUCCCAUUGAAAGUUAUUAUUUAAUCUUACACACCGCUUUCAGGUAAAGCACUUCAGAUUAUAAUUUGUUGCAUUUUUUUUAAAUCUCUGAAGAAUUAGGUGGGCAGCAAAAACGAUCUGGAAUCCCCCAACUAGAAGGAUGAUCAAAAUAGAUUCAAUAACCUGCAACAGAAUUGGAUUUACAUUUGAGGUAUAAAAAGUUGCAGGGCUUUGGGGAAUAUGAACACUGGGAAUAAUUAGAAGGUUCUUGAAUUAUACUGGUGUAGAUCUGGCUAGCGACAGCUUUAUCUUAACAUUUGUCCUAUGGUUACUGAACUUCCUGGAAAUAUUUUAUACUUGCGAUAAAUAGAUGUUCAAAUUCAUCGUUAACCCUACACCUACAGUCUCACAGUGCCCGAAGUUUCAUUGUUGGGACAGAGGGAGCAAAUGUAGCAAAUGCAGACCUGACACUGCUUCCACCAGUCAGCAAGAUCACUGUGAUGUCUGAAGAAGGGUCUCAACCCCAAACGUCACCCUUUCCUUCUCUCCAGACAUGCUGCCUGUCCCGCUGAGUUACUCCAGCUUUUUGUGUCUACGGUUUAAACCAGCAUUUGCAGUUCCUUCUUAGCAAGAUCUCUGUGAUCUAUCCUCCCCAUUCCUCAACCACAGGUGCUGGAUUGUAGAGUCUCAGCUUUGAACAUUUUUAGUGAUUCAGCAUCUGCAUUUAGCCGUUGGUGAUUCCAAUAAUUCACUAUGUCCCGAAGAAUGAAAUUCAUAAUAUUGAGACUUAAUGCAGGAGGAGGCCAUUUGGCUAACUACACCUGCUGUACCAUUCAGGCUGAUCUGAGAGAGCUAUCCCCUGUAGAUACAUCAGUCCUGAAUGGCCGACCACUUAGUUUCAUUGUUCGGGACAGAGGACAGUGCAGACAGAGGAAGAGUUAAUCAUGGCACCUCCCCUCUUCCCGCCUUGUUAGAAUUGUGUGUUUCAGUGAAAUCACCUCUCAUACUUGUACUUGAUGGCUUAGUCUGAUUUUGUAUGGCAAGCCAAUGUCUCAGCCACCAGUAUGAUGCAUCUUUGCUGCACUCCAUCUGCAAGAAAUCUCUGCUAGCUCAGGAGACUGAACCUGUUGACAGUUUUCCAGAAUCUUACCAGGGCCUGAAAUAAUGGGAGCAAAAUGUCUCUAGUUUUAUACUCUGCCUCUUGCAAUAAAGACCAAAUACUAUUUG